ACGAAGUUAACGUGAAUGACAAAAGGGUGCGCAUCAUUUGGAGUCUUAAAAAAUCCAAAUUUCUCCACUGUUGGAUGGCUGUUGGGCCGGCCGAUAAACAAUUUUCCCGUUCGAGCGUCUCGCUUCUCCCGUUCCCGAUCCCGAUCCCGAUCCCGAUCCCGAUCCCUGCGUCCUUUCGCUUAUCCCGUUGAUCCGGCGUUCACUCGUGCGAUCUCCUGUGGCGACAACUGGGCGAUCGACGCCGCCGCUGCUGUCGCCGUCCUAUACGAGAGGUGCGCAGGCGUUCGUUGGUCCCUUCGCCAGGCUUUUGUCUACCCUUCGCCGACGACGAGCACAAUUUAUUUGCAGGCCAGAUUUCUUUGUCUGACUUGUGGAAGCCUCUUACAACUAUUGUACAAGGCUGCUGUAUUGAAGAUGUCUGAGUUCCUUGACCUAGAGCUACAAGAUGGGAUAAGGAUGCCCUGGAAUGUUAUUCCAGGCACAAAACAGGAGACUGUGAACUGUGUGAUUCCUGUUUCCGCUAUCUACACACCUUUGAAACCAAUUUCUGAUAUCCCUGUUCUUCCAUAUUCACCUCUUCGCUGUCGCAUGUGUCGUUCCAUCCUCAACCCUUUCUCCAUUGUUGACUAUGUUGCUAAGAUUUGGGUCUGUUCAUUCUGCUUUCAACGCAACCAGUUCCCUCAACACUACUCUUCGAUCUCAGAAAAUAAUCUCCCUGCGGAACUCUUUCCUCAGUACACCACCGUCGAGUACAUAUCUUCAACUGAAACUGGUCCUAUAGUUCCACCGGUUUUCAUUUUUGUUGUAGAUACUUGCAUGAUUGAAGAAGAAAUUGGUUAUUUGAAGUCUGCACUGGCACAAGCUGUUGAGCUAUUGCCAGAUAAUUCUCUUGUUGGAUUCAUUACGUUCGGGACGUAUGUGCAGGUUCAUGAAUUGGGUUUUGGCUUAUUGCCAAAAUCAUAUGUAUUCAAAGGAACAAAGGAGGUCACCAAGGAGCAAAUAUUGGAACAAAUGUGCUUUUUUGCGGGGAAGAAAAUGCCUACCACAGGCGUGAUUGCUGGUACCAGAGAUGGCCUUUCAUCUGAGAGCAUCUCUAGAUUUCUGCUGCCUGCUUCUGAAUGCGAGUUUGUAUUGAACUCAGUUAUAGAAGAAAUACAAAAGGACCCUUGGCCUGUUCCAGCUGAUCAGCGUGCAUCUAGGUGCACUGGAGCUGCCUUAAGUGUUGCAGCCAAUCUCCUUGGGGUUUGUGUUCCUGGAUCAGGUGCUAGGAUAAUGGCAUUUGUUGGUGGUCCAUCUACGGAGGGCCCUGGUCCUAUUGUAUCCAAAUCCUUAUCAGAGCCCAUUCGUUCACACAAAGACCUUGAUAAAGACUCGGCACCACUCUAUGAUAAAGCUGUUAAGUUUUAUGAUCAAAUUGCAAAGCAGCUUGUGCACCAAGGGCAUGUGCUGGAUUUGUUUGCUUGUGCAGUUGACCAGGUUGGAGUCGCUGAAAUGAAGGUUGCGAUUGAGAAGACUGGAGGAAUUGUUGUCCUUGCUGAAAGUUUUGGUCAUUCUGUUUUCAAAGACUCACUUCUCCGCAUCUUUCAGUCAACAGAUGACAACCUUGGUUUAUCAUUCAAUGGUAUUCUUGAAAUUAACUGUUCAAAGGAUGUAAAGGUUCAAGGCAUCAUUGGACCCUGUUCUUCCCUGGAGAAGAAAAGUCCUUUGUCUUCCGACACUGUUAUUGGUCAAGGAAACACUAGCGCUUGGAAGAUGUGCGGCCUUGACAGGAAGACAUCACUUUGCUUGGUAUAUGAUAUUGCAAAAAAAGAUGGCCCAGAUUCAAUUGCUCAAUCAGCAAACAAUCAGUUCUACUUCCAGUUCUUAACCUACUAUCAGCAUAAUGAGGGUCAGAUGAGAUUAAGAUCGACCACAAUCUCCAGAAGAUGGGUCUCUGGUGACAACCAUGUGGAGGAACUAGUAGCUGGCUUUGAUCAAGAAGCUGCAGCUGCAGUCAUGGCACGCUUGGUGUCAUUUAAGAUGGAAACUGAGGUUGAUUUUGACCCAGUAAGGUGGCUUGAUCGAGCUUUGAUACGUUUAUGCUCAAAAUUUGGAGAUUAUCAGAAGGAGACACCCUCAUCGUUCAGUUUAUCCCCACGGCUAUCAAUAUUUCCCCAAUUUAUAUUUAAUUUGAGGCGUUCUCAGUUUGUUCAGGUUUUUAAUAACAGUCCUGAUGAAACUGCGUAUUUUAGGAUGAUGUUGGACAGAGAGAAUGUAACCAAUACAGUUGUGAUGAUUCAACCUUCACUUAUAUCCUAUUCAUUUCAAUCAGGGCCAGAGCCAGUUCUCUUGGAUGCAACUGCAAUUGCUUCUGACAAGAUCCUUUUAUUGGACUCUUAUUUUACUGUUGUCAUAUUCCAUGGGGUAACCAUUGCGCAGUGGCGAAAUGCUGGCUACCAAGAUCAAGAAGGUCACGAGGUUUUUGCUCAGUUGUUAAAAGCUCCACAUGAGGAAGCUAAUUUAAUAAUAAAGGAGCGAUUUCCUGUACCCCGUUUGGUAGUCUGUGAUCAAUAUGGAUCUCAGGCUCGAUUUUUACUGGCGAAGUUAAAUCCAUCAGUGACAUAUAACUCGGACAAUCCCUCCCCUGGUGGAGACGUCAUAUUCACAGAUGAUGUGAGCUUCCAGGUUUUCAUGGACCAUCUCCAGCGGCUAGCAGUCCAAUAGGAUAUGAAUCCGUAGAUCAGUGCAUAGAGCAAUUUUAUACUACCAAUGAUAUAUUCUGUAGAGUGAGAAUAUUUUUGUUUUGUAUGUCUUACAAAUUCGUUGUAGCUGGUUUUAAAUUAUAUAAGUUUCUUUUAGAGCCAAUCAAAUUUUGCAACUUGAUAAAUUAUGAUAAUAAAUGAACUGUAGAAUGAAGAAUUGCAUUUUCUUUCAUAAGGACGAUAUAUUGAUUUGUAUUUA